CGGCGGUGCCGGGGCGCUCCGCGGCGGAGCCCCGCGCCCCUUUCCGUCCGACCUGCGCGGGGCCCGGCCGGGCGAUGUAGGGGACAUGCCCUGACGGGACGACGAGCAGUCGGGGCGCCGCCUGCGAGGGCUCAGCUGCGCCAGCGGAGCCGCCCGCGGCGGUCGGCCGCGCCCGGCGAGGCCCCCGAGCGCCGCCGCUAUGGCUGGGGCCGGGCUCUGGGCGAGCAUCAAGUCCCUGCUAGGGAAGAGCGAGGACCCUCUGUUCCUGAACGACUCCAGUGCCUUUGACUUCUCGGACGAGGUGGGGGACGAGGACUUCCCCAGGUUUAACAAGCUGCGCGUAGUGGUGGCGGACGACGGCUCGGAGGCGGCCCCGGAGACGCCGGUGAACGGGGCGUCCCCGGGGCUCCCGUCCGACGACGAGUCUCUGCUGGAGCGGGACAUCGCCCUGCGCAGCGCCCGGGCCGGCCGGCCGGACCCCUGCAGCGGCUGCAGCAGCCGGCGGGAGCGCUCCAAGCAGAGGAAGGUGAAGAAGCGGCUGACGCUCGCUGCCCUCCUCUACCUCCUCUUCAUGACAGGGGAGCUCAUAGGUGGCUAUGUUGCUAACAGUCUAGCAAUUAUGACAGAUGCACUUCACAUGCUCACUGACCUUAGUGGUAUUAUUUUGACCCUCCUUGCUCUCUGGCUGUCUGCAAAAUCUCCAACAAAGAGAUUCACUUUUGGAUUUCAUCGCUUGGAAGUACUGUCAGCCAUCAUUAGUGUACUGCUGGUCUAUAUCCUUAUGGCAUUCCUGUUGUACGAGGCUGUUCAGAGAACUAUCCAUAUGGACUAUGAAAUAAACGGUGAUAUCAUGCUCAUCACAGCAGCCGUCGGUGUUGCAGUUAACUUAAUAAUGGGGUUUUUGCUGAAUCAAUCUGGCCACCUUCACUCCCACUCCCAUUCCCACGCUCACUCUCACAUACCUCAGCCGAGCUCUCCGAGCGCAGCCCAGGGCAGCAGCCACGGGCACAGCAGCCACGGGCACAGCAGCCUGGCAGUGAGAGCAGCCUUUGUGCAUGCCCUGGGGGACCUGGUACAGAGCAUUGGGGUGCUCGUAGCUGCCUACAUCAUCCGCUUUAAGCCAGAAUACAAGAUUGCUGAUCCUAUAUGUACAUAUGUAUUUUCCAUACUGGUGGUUUUUACAACAAUUCGAAUUCUGUGUGACACGGGAGUUAUUAUUCUGGAAGGAGUUCCAAGGCACUUAAAUGUGGAUCGCAUCAAGGAAGACUUGAUGAAAAUUGAGGAUGUUUAUUCUAUAGAAGAUUUAAAUGUUUGGUCUCUCACUGCAGGAAAAACAACUGCCAUAGUCCACUUGCAACUAGUUCCUGGUAGUUCAUCUAAAUGGGAGGACGUUCAGUCCAAGGCCCGGCAACUGCUGCUGAACACGUUUGGAAUGUACAAGUGCUCUGUUCAGCUUCAGAGCUACAAACAGGAAAUCAGCAAAACCUGUGCGAAUUGUCAGAGUUCCAGUGCCUAAUUUCAUAUGUUUUGGGAACUGCUGCCUUAUUCUUUACCUUGUGUAGUCAAAGACUGAGAGCAAUAAAUGCAAAAUGAAAAUCAUCCAAUAGUAACCAUUAAUAUGUGGAUUUGUACCAUGGGACAUGCAGCAGGGAGAACUGGUGCUGCAAAAGUGCAGUGGUUGCCCUACGGAACAUUUAUUUCACUCUCUCCGUUGUACUGGUUUAUUCAAUUUAUUAUGGUUUUGAGACAAAGCUGGUUUUGGAUUAUUGUUUACGAACUGGAACGUGGCUCUGCAGAUACCUCACAAAUUACAGUCCAAUAUUGUCCUUUAAAGAUUACGUACCACGAAGUACCUGCACUCCAAAAGGAGCCUCAGGCAUUCAGUAUUUCAGUCAAAAGUGUCUAAAGCUGAUCCUACCAGGGUUGCACAAUAUAUCAUGAUCCCCAAAUUAAUUCUUCAGUAUUUUUGCAAUAGUAAUUUUCAGACAGUAUCUCAAUUAUUAACACAUACAUUACGUUGAAUUCUCAUGGAAACUGUCUCUUUGGAGACACUGCAAAAUACAGAAUUUACUGUACCCAGACCAGAAAGUUAGCUUUAAUCUGGGCAUUGAGAGAUCCAGACAGGAAGCUCCUUGCCCAGACUUCUGGUAUUUAUCUAGAGACCCAACACUGGACCCAAAGUGUUUUAAGUGAUCUGUUAUCUUUAAUGUGUUUUAGAAUAGGAUUUAUACAUUAGGAACAGGUUAUUUAUUUUAUAAAGUUUUGACUUGUAAGAGGAAUUUAUUAUUAAUAAUCUUGAAUGUCUAAACCAUCAUUUGAUUCACAUUAAAAGGCCAGUUGAUUAGCAUGCAUUCUAAUUGUAAUUAAUAAAUGUCCUGUAAUUGAUAAUUUUUUCCAUUAUUGUUUUGUUUUAAAAGAAAAGUCAAAUGAUAGAAGUGCUAUUUGACUUGGAAAUACUCUCAAAUGCAAUCUACAGAUAUGUGCAUCUAACAGGAAAGUGGGGAGCAGAAGUUUUGGACAUGAACAAUUCCAUCCAUCACAAUCUCUGACCUUUCAUCUUUGCUUUAAGCACAGCAUGGCAGCAUCCUGACAGGAAUGCCACUGUGAUAGCAGUUCCCACUACUUAGCUUAUGGAUAAAGCAAAAUCCAAGGAAGCUCUGUAACCUAAAGAUGUUGGACAACAAUAUCAUAACAACCUACAGUGGCAGAAAGGCCCUUUUGUAUUUACAGAGAGGAGGCAACCUGGAAAGACUGUGUAUUCAUCUGGACAGCUCAGAGUCCACAAAGUGGAACUGUUUGGCCUCAUUGUGGAACCUCUGUAUUCUGAAUGUACCCAAGAUAAUAAAUCUUUACACUAAGCUAUCAUUCACCUACAAGCCCAGAUUUAACCUGCUUCUGACGUCAGUCGCAUUCAAGAAGCGAAGGGCAGCAAGAACACGAUGUACAAAGUUCAGAAGAUGGCAAGAACUUGGCUUUGAGUAUUUUUUGUUUAUUCUGUACUUUCACCUUAUGCAGAACUUCCACUGACAUGAAAAGUAGUUCUCUGUGUGGAUCAGAAAGGAAAGCUUUUGCCCAGUUAUGGUUAUUGUGAUAUUCAGCUGUGAAUACUUCAGCUAUUUUCUGUUUUGAAACUCACUAGCGUUUCACAUUUUCAUAAGGCUGAUUUGGUGGUAACAAUUUUGGCUUCUUUUCCUCCCUUUUUGGAGGUAGGGAUCACAUGAUGGAUUUUUAUUGAUGAAAGCUGACAACACAUUGAGAAUCUGGACAGAGUGCACAUAACACCAGAUUGUAUCUGUUUGGGCAAGAAACAGGAACACUGCUGUACAUCAUGGGAGUGUGUGCAGCUGAAAAGCAGCGCUGUGCUUGGGAAGGUAAUGCUGCAAUACAAACACUGUCAUCAAUUAAGCCAUAUCACAGUUCAUUAAAAAUGUGCAUCCCAUCCUUUCAAACUUACUGGCAAAAACCACAAACAAAGGUAUUUUGCACAUACUAAUGCUCAAAUGGGUUUUAAUUAAAUUGGGGUUUACCAUUGAUGUAAUUAGAUGUUGAAGUACAGUAGACAUGUAUUGUAUUUGCAGUUUUUUAAUAAUUUACUAUACAUUUGUUCAAUUGAAGAAAAAAGGUGUGUUGUUUUAUUGUGGGUUUUAUUAAAUCGAUUAUUAAACUUCACAUUGUCUUAUAAAAUAUUUAUUUGUAUUUCUCUCUCUCAUAAUCUUCGAAUUCUUACAGCAAUCUGAUUCUUAGGGCAGCUGUGUUUUGAAAUGUCUGAACAUUCAGUUUUAACUCAGUUUGCAGAUGCUAUAC